AUGAAAGCGCGUUCAAAUAAAGUAAAUUCUUCGGAAAAUAUUAUUGCUAUGACAUCAAAACAAGAUCGUAUUACAACUGCUCAAGGAACAGGUUCACAAUACGAUAUACGAAAUAGUGAAGAUGGUCUUGGAACAUGUGCAUGGAUUCUUGUUGGAUUAUCUUAUGUAUUAUGUGCAUUAACAUUACCAUUUUCACUUUGUGUUACUGUAAAAGUUGUACAAGAAUAUGAACGAGCAGUUAUUAUGCGUCUUGGUCGAAUUUUAUCUGGCGGCGCCAAGGGUCCAGGCUUAUUUUUUAUUUUACCAUGUGUUGAUUCUAUAAUGAAAGUCGAUUUACGAACUGUUACAUUUGAUGUUCCUCCACAAGAGAUUCUGACAAGAGAUUCAGUGACAGUUUCAGUAGAUGCUGUUGUCUAUUUUCGAAUAUUUAAUCCAAUAAUAAGUGUAACUAAUGUUGAAAAUGCACGUUAUUCAACACAAUUACUUGCUGCUACAACACUUCGUAAUAUUUUAGGAACAAAGACUUUACAAGAAAUUUUAUCUGAUCGUGAAAAUAUUUCACAUUCAAUGCAAGCUCAUCUUGAUGAAGGAACUGAUCCAUGGGGAGUUAAAGUAGAACGUGUUGAAAUCAAAGAUGUUCGAUUGCCUGUUAGUAUGCAACGUAGUAUGGCUGCUGAAGCUGAAGCUGCUCGAGAAGCUCGUGCUAAAGUCAUUGCAGCUGAAGGUGAACAAAAAGCAGCAAGAUCAUUAAAGGAAGCUGCUGAUGUUAUUAAUGAAAGUCCAAUUGCAUUACAAUUACGUUAUCUUCAAACAUUAACACAUAUAUCAGCAGAAAAAAAUUCAACUAUCGUUUUUCCGAUACCCGUGGAACUUUUGAGACUAAUGAAAAAUCGUGCCGAACGUGGAGGUGGAACUAGUACUAGUACUGACUUUUGA